AUGACAGCACCCCCGGGUGCCUUCCCGGUUCAGUUCCGGCAGCCCUCGGUCAGCGGCCUCUCGCAGAUCACCAGCAGCCUAUAUAUCAGCAGUGGGACGGCCGCCAACAACAGGCUCAUGCUCUUGAGCAACCGCAUCAGCACGGUCAUCAACGUCUCGGUGGAGGUGGUGAACACCUUGUAUGAGGACAUCCACUACGUGCAGGUGCCCGUGGCCGACACGCCUGCCUCGCGGCUCUGUGACUUCUUUGACCCCAUCGCAGACCACAUCCACGGCGUGGACAUGAAGCAGGGCCGCACACUGCUGCACUGCGCCGCCGGCGUGAGCCGCUCGGCCGCCCUCUGCCUCGCCUAUCUCAUGAAGUACCACGCCAUGUCGCUGCUGGACGCCCACACGUGGACCAAGUCCUGCCGGCCCAUCAUCCGGCCCAACAACGGCUUUUGGGAGCAGCUCAUCCACUAUGAGUUCCAGCUAUUUGGCAGGAACACUGUGCGCAUGGUCAGCUCCCCCGUGGGCAUGAUCCCUGACAUCUACGAGAAGGAGGUCCGUCUAAUGAUUCCACUCUGA